CAUUUUCAAUCGCGAGCGUGCCUUUUCGAUCUCGAGGAAUCUUUCAAGGAAAGAGAGCUUCUUCAUUUUCUUUUCACUUUUUCCAUUUUUCAUCUUCUCAUUCAUCUUAAUAAAUUUCCGAUCCGAACACGCUCGAAAUGUUUUUUUUUUUUUAUUGUAAUGCGAUGACUGUGAUUAGAACGUGCGGCGAGGAAUAGAAUUGCCGGAAAUAAUUAAUGACGCGAAGAGGCUAAUUCGAUCGGCCGAGCUCUACUUUGAGUCUUUGUUGGACGCAUAGCAAUGCGUCGUAUAAUGGAGCAUGUAUUAUUAAUCGGAUAAAAAUUGCGGGGAGUUUGCGUUAGCUAAUGCGCGACGAGGAAGAAAGAGAAGUAUGUAUAUGAUCGGACUCGAUGGACGAAACUUUUUUCGAGUCGAUAAUCGCGCGAAUCGUCGUAAAGCUUUUAUGAGAGUAGAUACGAUCUGCAUUUUUAUUUUUACAAAAAGUAGGGUAAAAUUGCUACACACCUCUUCGAACCUCUCUCCUUCUGUCAUUUUUUCUUAGAUCGUUUCUCUUUCUUCGAUAGUUUUACUCGAAAAAAAUGCAAUGUAUGGCACGCUUGCGGAUGAUGUUUUAUUAUAUCUAAUAUAUGACACACCGCGUCAUCCUCGGGAAAGGACGACGUCGCGACGCCACGAGUCGAUGGUUUAUAGAAAAAGAAAACCGUGACCUCGCAACAUAGUUUCGCUAUAGAAUCCGGGUGCAACAGUUUGAAGUCAAGGCAAAGAGUAAAGCGUAGUCUGGUACCUCGAAUCGAUAUUACGAAAAGGAUUAUUACGCGUAAAUAUACCUCCCUUCAAGUUUUUCCCUGGCAUUUGAUCGGCGUGUCGCGCAUCCUUGAUCGCCCGCACUUUUCUUCUCCACCCUUUUUUUCCGACAAGGGCGAUUCCAACGGUUAGUCGCAAUUACGCGCAAUUUAUUAUUUAACGGGAAUAAUCGAUGGCUUAUGGAUACGUGUACCGUGUCGCGAUAGUACAUCCUCCGCAUGACAAUCGUCAUUUUCGCGAUGGUACCGCGACACGAGACAGGAAAAGAAGCCGCGCGUCGUGGCUCCUCGAGUCCUUCUCUCUUUCGGUGCGAGUGAAAAGGCGCGAAUAGUAGAGUCGCGGGAACUAUGCUGGCGAGAUUGAGGAACUUCCGCUGCAGAGUGCCCAAAUGUCCGGCUAUCCGUAUUCCAGGGAUGGAGAAGCCGGAGUCGUCCGCGGGCGGCGAGAGCGUCAUCGAGCUCGAGGACCGGGAUCCUAACAGCCUGAAUCAACAUCUUCAGGUGAUGUGGGACGAUGUGAUCGGGGAACCGGAAGGGAUUCGUAGUCCCGAAUGCGCCUGGCGACUGAGUGGACAUUGUUUCCGUCUCUCCAGAGGAUGUUGUUACGUGCUCCUCUCCGUUCUCGUGGCGCCUCUGCUCGCUCUCUGUUUGGGUUUCACGUUCGCCUGCCUCGCAUUUCAGCAUAUUUGGUGCGUCGCGCCGUGUCUGCGCGUGUGGAAAAUCACAUGCGCGGCGAUGAGAAAUUUCUUGGCGGCGGUGACGCACGCGAUCGUCCGGCCGGUCAUGGAGGCGAUGGGUUACCUCUGCCACAAUAUCCGCAUAUUCAAUCAAAGACUGCCGGACGGUCCUUAUCACAAGGAAGACCUGUUGGUCGUUUAAUCGAUCUCGGCGAAUUAAAUUCGUAUAUGAUUAUCAGAAGUAUUUCGCAUCUUUUUAAACAGGUGAUACGAACAUCAGCGAAUGCGAGGCAUUGAUAAAUAUAGUAUCGAGAUAGAAAGUUACGUAUCCUCUUUCUCUUGCGAGAGAGAAAGAAGAGAUAUUUAAUUCUAUAUAAGAUACUUUCUUACAUCUACCUGCGAUACGCCCAAAUGCAGAAUUGUUACACGAAAUGAAAAAGAAAAUAAUUUAUAUAUUAAAUUUUCAUGUGAAUAUUAAUAACAUUGAAUGCGCAUAUCGUACAUAAUCGGGAAAAUAUAUUUUUGUAGACUAAGUUUUACUUGUGCAGUAAUAGCGUCAAGGAUUCUGUUGAAUUAUAUCCGCAAUACUAUUACAUGUGCGACAAGAGUUCUGCUGUCAAGUAUGUAUUGUAUUAGUAAGUGUGUAAAGGUCUCCCUUGUGUGCUCUUUGGCCUUGUAAAAGUAUAAUAAUUUUAACCCUGGCGCAUGUCUCGCGGGGUAGUUGCAGAUCGCGAGUUGAAGAAGCUUGCGAAGCAAAUUGGUCAAUUUUACGUGAGACAAUCUUUCUCUUGUUCGUCUUUGUUUGAGUUUUCUCGAGUUUAGAAUGCUUUGUUGUGUAUAUUUUAUUAUCGGGGGGAUAAGAAUAAUGAUUCUCUUUCAAGUGAAAAAUAAUUUAAAACGCGAAUUAUAAAAUUGUUCAGAAAAAUUAAUCCAAAAGCUUAAUGUAAUAUAAAUUAUUUUUUAAUAAGAAGAUACAUACAAUUAAA